UCCACUUCCACUUCCACUUGCCUACACUUUCCCUACACUUUCCCUACACUUACCCUACACUUGCUUCCACCUAAAGUAAACUCGCCCUCCCACACCCGCGCACCCGCACACCACACCCACCCACACACCCUCUUCUACCCUCUUCUCGCCUCUCAUCUCACCUACAACUCACCCAACAUCCUCACUUCCUCCUCCUCUUCUCUACCUCUUCUACUGACCACCACCACCACCCGUCGCCCAUCUCCGUCCUCAACUGGUUGCGAAUAACUUCCUAUCUCCCAUCGAUCUCUUACACUCCACACUCCCGCCUGACGACUCUCCCGUCUUCCUGGCUGCCUCUGGCCGGGUUUGCACAACAAAACAGCCCACUUCCGAUCUCGUUGAUCGUAACUAACACUCACUCAAUCACCUUCAUCUAUCACAAGCAGCACUUCCAUCCCCCUCACAAUGUCCGACAUCGACAAGGCAUUCACCUUCCUUCACGAUAACAUUCCAUCAUGGUUCACGGACAUGGCUGGCAUCGAGGAGAACCUCGUCCGUCUCCAGGCGGAAAUGGCAAAGAUCCCCUCCAGGACCGCACCCACCAAGAAGAGGACAGGCUCGAUCGAAUCUAUAAGAGACAUACAUGACAUAAUUCCUGGACAAGGCCCGUCUUCCGACGCUCAGCAAUGCCUCUCCGCGGCGCGCAAACGGAAGGCCCCAUCCGUCAUCUCCGGAAAUGCCUCUGGCCCAGCCAAGUCCCGAUCCAAGGCUAUGAUCAUCGUCUUGUACGAUGGCGAGAUUCAGAAAUCGUUUGAAAAGCUGGUAAGGGCCAUCGGCACCGGGCGAAACAUGUUGCGAAAGGCGAAGAUGGCAGCCAAGAUGGAGGAAUUGGCCGCGCUUGCUGGCCCGGAGGACAGCUCAGAUGACGAUGACGCCGAAGACCCAGUCAUGGCAAAGAUUGGAUAUAGACCCCGAGUUGGGUUGACGUCGAUGAGAUCGAGGGGAAUGAUGAGAGGAACAUUCGGCAAUAACAACCCGGGCGCUAUCACCUCAUCGGAAUUAUUCGACACGACCGAUAAAUCAUUGGAACAAGCACAGAGCCUAUGUGAGAGGGCGGCACAUCAGUCACUUCGUGAGGGCGAUUGCCGAAAGGAACUUGCCGGCGUCCACCGACACUUCGAAAGUGUAUUGAUCACGGCCACGAAGGAGCACAGCAAGCGUGCCGCGCAGCGAAAGGAGGAAUCGCAGGAAGAGUCCAAGACUGAUGCAACCCCAACACUCGAUGUGGCAGCUGCUAAACCCCUACACCCAACCGUGCGGCCCUCGCCCGCCGCGAUCAUCUCGUCGAAGGGUAUCGACAUAGAAGUCGACGAUGAUGAAGACGAGGAGGAGUUUGUCAUGCCGCCUGUUCGACUAACUUCGCGCGCACGAUAGUCCUGUACUUUCCCUUGGGGUUUUCUGUUGCGUUCGAGCGAUGUCGUUUAUUUUCUUUUCUUAUUGGCCCAAGGGCCGGCGUUCACUGGAUUCGAGGGAGGACACAUUGGAUGACCUUACGCAGAACACGAGCACAUCAGCAUAGCUUCCGUCGGCGCGGUGUCUGGCAUUGUCUAUAUUAUACAAAAACAUCUUGCAUGCCGAUUAUUUCGAUUUCUUUUACUACGACUGGAACUCGCCAUCUCACUGCCUUGGAGACACGUCGUUUAUUUCGGAACGCACUUUAUUGUUGGACCAUGU